GGAACCCUCUGGCGAGGCUGCUGCUUUUCCUUCCCGCCCUUGGGCUAAGCGUCCGUCCGUCGCAGCAGCCCUGGCCAAGGCCCAGGGAAGAGGUUCCUCCAGCCCCCGUAGAGCUUCCUGCUUUCCACAAGGUGCCAAAGAAGCCGCUUCUCUGCGGCAGGAACUGAGAGAGGUAGAAGAGAGGCUGGGAGGGAGGUGCUGCUGCUGCUGCUGCUGCUUUUACGGCCGCCGUCGCGCCAGGCCGGGGAGGCGAAAGAGCGAGACUCGGGCCGCCCUCGGCGAAGACGCCUGGGAAGCCGCACGCGACCCCGACCUGCUCCCCUUGGGACGCGCGGGGAAGAAGAGCAAACGAGACAAGAGCCGGCGCUUCCCUUCCCUCCCGUCCUCCUUUCCCGCCCAGGCCGGACUGGCGCCUGCCUUUUCCCUUCAGGGGGUGCCGCCGCCUCCUGGGACCCCUCACCCCGAGAUGCGACCAUGGACUGCAGGAUCAAAGAAAAUCCAGAGACUACCUUUGAUUUGGUGAUACAAGUAAAAUGCCAGGCUUCUGAAAAUGAAGAUCCUGUGGUUUUGUGGAAGUUCCCGGAGGACUUUGGAGACCAGGCAGUCCUCCAGAGUAUACCUAAAUUCUGCUUUCCUUUUGACAUUACAAGGGUAACACAAGUUGGACAGCAUUUUACUUUUGUGCUUACUGACAUUGAAAGCAAGCAAAGAUUUGGAUUUUGUCGUUUAACAUCAGGAGGCAAAGUGUGUCUAUGCAUUCUAAGCUAUUUGCCAUGGUUUGAGAUGUACUACAAACUUUUAAAUACACUGGCGGAAUAUUUAGCUAAAGAGCAGGAAGCUGACUUGAAUGAUUUAUUAGAAACAUGGCAUAACCAUUCUGUGCCAGAGGCAAAUACUCCUAUCAGCUUAAAUUUGCAUUCAUAUUUUAUUACUCCUGAUUUAACUGGAUUACCAACUGUUCCUGAAAGUAGAAAUCUUACUGAAUAUUUUGUUGCUGUGGAUGUGAAUAACAUGCUACAACUUUAUGCCAGCAUGUUGCAUGAGAGACGCAUCAUUAUUACCUCCAGCAAGCUAAGCACUUUAACUGCUUGUGUUCAUGGGUCAGCUGCAUUGCUAUAUCCAAUGUACUGGCAGCAUAUAUACAUCCCGGUGCUCCCACCACAUCUCCUGGAUUAUUGCUGUGCACCAAUGCCUUAUUUGAUUGGAGUUCACUUCAGUUUAAUGGAGAGAGUCAAAAGUAAAUCACUGGAGGAUGUGGUGAUGCUAAAUGUUGACACAAAUACAUUGGAAACACCAUUUAAUGACCUGAGCAAUCUACCAAGUGAAGUGGUCUCGGCCUUGAAAAAUCAACUGAAGAAGCAGUCCACAGCUACUGGUGAUGGAGUAGCCAGGGCGUUCCUCAGAGCUCAGGUGGCCUUGUUUGGUUCCUACAGAGAUGCACUAAGAUACAAACCUGGAGAGCCUAUCAUUUUUUGUGAGGAAAGCUUUAUCAAGCAUCGUUCCAGUUCUACUAAACAUUUUCUGGAAACUGCAGUGAAUCUCCAACUUUUUAAACAGUUUAUUGAAGGUCGACUUGCAAAGCUAAAUGCAGGAAAAGGAUUCUCCGAUAUAUUUGAAGAAGAAAUCUCAUCAGGAAGUGGAGGAAAUUUAAGAACAUACCAUCAGUGGAUGCAUACUGUGAAGAAAGGAGGAGCCUUGAUCAACACAGCAGUGAACAAAGCUACUCCAGCUGUGAAAACAGCAUACCAAUAUGCAAAAAAUCAUGCAAAACAGGGAAUAAAAGAGGUGAAGAGUAAGUUGAAACACAAGGAAAGAGAAGAUGGCUAUGGAAUUUGUAGCUCAGGUUUUUCACAAUAUGCUCCAUUCUGUACCUUUCAUAAUUCUCCAAGAGAGAACACAGAAAAAAGGCGACUUGCACAGGCACGCUUUGGGCAUUUUCCGACCAAUAUGCAUAAUAAUGACUCUGCCUUGGAUGAAGAUGCUGAUGAUGAACUAGACCCAGGAAGCAAAUUGUCAUCGGAAGACAGUGAGGAAACAUCUUACUAUUUGUAUGACAGUGAUGACUCUGGGGAAUUAGCCAAAACGUCUGUUCCUCAUGGAGAAAUGGACCUGCUGGGAGAGAUUUUGGAUACACUGAGUACACAUAGUUCCGAUCAAGGGAAGCUCUCGGGGGCAAAAAGCUUGGACUUUUUUCGAUCAAUGGAUGACAUUGACUAUAAGUCAAAGAAUAAAUCCAACACUCCAAGUGAGAGCAAUCUUGCCCUACUCUGUAGUGGUUGGACAUCUGAUCUGGCUACUUCGAAUCAGCGACAAGAUAACAACAUCCUCACAGAAAGGAAGCUUCCUCAAUCACCCAGGAAACAUGUUCCUUCCAGCAGUUAUAGAGAAUCUGUUUUUGUGCUAAAUAAAGAAAAACCUAACCUUACCUCCAGUGCUGAUGACUUGACUUCGCCUAAUAAUUAUCCAAGAUCUCCAGAUUCACCCCAAGAAACUAUGCAGGAACAUUCUCUGCAAACUUUGCAACUGAAGAGUAAGUGGAAUGAAACACUAAGCAGGACCUCUGCAGAUGAGAAGUCACCAAGCUUGAGUCCAAAUCCAUCUUUCCUCGUUCCAUGGGAGAGGGAAACCCAAGAUGGAAAUGAAAUUCUUGAAGAAGGUGGGCUUCUUCAAGAAGUGGUGUCAUUAUGUAAACUGACUUCUGCUUUCAAUCAAGGUUUAAACAUUUCAGGGGACAGGUUUUCCAACAGCAGUGGGAAUAAAACGUAAGGAAUAUUUAUUUAUUGAGGGGUUACAUGCGUGGUAAAUGACUAAAGGAAAACAACUCAGGAUACCAUAAAAAGGAAAUAAGAGAUCUUCAGGUUUUUUAAUCUUUAGUUUUAGUUGGCCUUAUUUUUGUGUUUUUAUCCUUUUAUUUUGAGCCUAAAUCCUUUGAAUAUAUUUGCUCCACUUCGGUUCACAAUAUAAGCUUGCAUUUGGGAUGGGGCUGUAUAAGAGAACCAGUUUGGUCUAGUGGUUAAGGCACCAGACUAGAAACCAGGAAACUAAGUACUAGUUCCACCUUAGCCAUGAAAGCCAGCUGGGGGACUUUGGACCAGUCAUUUUCUUUCUCAGCCCAACCCACCUCGCAAGGUUGUUAUUGUGGGGCAAUAAGAGGAGGAAGGAGUAUUAGGUAUGUUAUUGAGUUAUUUAUAAAGGUGGGAUAAAAAAAUCUAAAAAGAAAAUGUGUUUACAAACAUGUUUAGCAUGCAGUCAGUUACAGCUUCAUCCUGGACAUUUCCAGUUGUAUUUUCAGCUGCCAUGUAUAAAAACCUGAAAGUCACUGCCAGUCAGUAUAUGCAAUACUGAGUUCAGAUAACAUGCCAUCUUAACUAAAGCAUUCUAGAUUCAUGGUACUAGCUUGAUUUCACAUUUAAGCCACAGCUGGUCUGUGUCAUGAAACAGUUUUUAAUCAUUUCCUUUCCCUAUAUGCAAAAAGAAAUGUAUCAGACAGACACAUUUAUCCUUCUAUAACAGAAACCAAGAAAUGUAGCAUGACUAUUCUGGAACUUAAUAUGUGAUCUGAAGGCCUUAAACUGAGAAGGGCAGAUUUAAAUACCUUAAAGGCUGAACUGUAAAUACGUGGGGGGGGGGGGAAGCCAUCAUUAUUUCGUAGCUGCAAAUGUGCUUGAGUGAAAAGAAAUGCAGACCAUUUAUCAAACAACGGAACUCUUAAAUUUACAGAUGAUCACCAGUGUAAUAUUGUUUAUGCAGUGAUUUUAGUAAACUUGUGAGAACUUUGUUAAAUGUGCUGACAUUACCAAGCACUACCUAUCAGUAAGAUGAGAAUUCUAAUAUGUGCUUGUACCACUUAUUAACCCCAGUUGAUAAUGAUUGCUUUGGAUUUAUUAUAAAAUAUAUUGUUUUUAAUUUUUAGCAGACAAUGCCCCUGUCUUCCAGACUCUGAAAAAUGGUACUGUGUAUAUAUAUAAAUAUAUAUUGAAAUUAUGAAAUGCAGCAAAAAGUUUACAACCGCUUUCAGAACUUAUUAUUAUAUUUUACAUUUUGGUUUUCUUGAAAUACAUAUUUUGACCACAGUUGGAAUUUUAAUGGAAUGAACCUUUGAAAGAUGUAAUAUUUUUAAUUGAAAAUAAUCUGUUCUUCUGGAGAUCAUGCCUCUUUACAGAUAACUUUUAACAUGUUUGUAAAGUCAUUGGGUUGUUGUUAAGUGUGCUGCCUAACCAAAUUCUAUACUUUUAGUUUUUUAAACAACAAAGGAACAGUUGCAGUAAAAAGAGAAAUACAUUAGACUCAUGGUGCAAAUCCUUUUUGGUUAUAGGCAAAUGAGUCAAAGAACCACCACAAUUUCUAGCAUUUAGGUUUAAUUUGUGAAGAGGAUGAGAUCCAUCUAUUACAAUCUCCCUACCAAUCACUGACAGCUUUUUAAAAUAGUCUUCUAAAGAAUUUAUUCAAAAAUCAAUUAUCUGGUAUACAUAUAUCAAUGUUUAAAAGCUCCUUCAGAUUUGUCACUAGAUCAAAUAUUUUGGAAAUGGUCAGAAGUGGUUUCUAGAUAUAUGUAUAAAACAGCUGACAGACUUUUAGAUCCUAUAGAAUAGUAGUCCCCAACCUUUCCAGCUUGGUGGUCCAGCAGUGGGAGAGAGGAAAUGGUUCUGUGUGAGGGGCAGGCGCGCCUGCAAGUACACACAGCUCCAUUUGUGCAAGUGGUGUGUGUGUGUGUGUGUGUGUGUGUGUGUGUGUGUGUGUGAGCGCCCGCUGCUCACACAAAUGGAGCUUCGCACACAUGCCCACAGCUCAUGCAAAUGGAACUUCGUGCACAUGCAUGAGCCCACCACUUGCACAAGUGGAGCUGUAUGUGGGCUGCCACCUGGGAUUUGGGGACCCCUGCUGUAGAAAGAUCAAUUGAAUAUAGAAACAAUUCUUUUCCCCCCAGCACCUAUUUUAUAGAAUGCAAGGUUCUUUCUCUAUUGUAUUGUAUCAUUAAUUCGUUCUCCAAGUAUAAAGGUUUAUCCUAAACAUGUUUCACUGUCUCAUAUACAAGUUUCAUUUUCAAAAAGAAGAAAAACUAUGCAUAUGCAAACUUUCCACAGCAAUUAUAAAGUGCUUCUUCUUUUUUUAAAAAGGUUAAAUCCUGCAUGGAUAUCUCUAUGAAUCUUACACAACAAGAUUACGUGGAGAUGGGGGGGGAGAGCGAAAAAGCUUUAUCUAGUAAAGUUCACAGGUUUUCAGUGACUUUCAUGGUUAGUGAAUGUGAUUUGGGAUUCCAUCUAUAUGGAAUUCUCUCAUGGUAAAGUAUGUAUUGAUGAGUCUUCUUGAUGAACUUUUGAAAUAUAACUUUCUUUGGUCCUUGAACUUACUCCUAUGCCAGAUUUUAUUAUAGUUGUCAUUUGUUCCAAGGGUAACAAUUGUGCCUUAAAAAUGUGUGCUGCGAUACUUGCCAACUCUUUUUAUUAUUAACAAAAGGACAAAGUAUUUCCAAAGGAUCAGAGUAAACUUUCAGCUAGCAACUACUCUGUUUGCCACCAGUUAUUGUCCUAAAAUUCUCUGUAUAGGCCACAUAAAUAAUAUUUCUAUAGUGACAGAAAUAUUACAGUUCCCAUAUAUCGUUUUACCUAUUUUUUAUUCGCUGUUUUGGGGAAAUUUAAAUUACUGUUUUUAAUAUGGUGUGUUUUUUUAAACAAAUAUUUUAAAAAAUAUUUCUCAGGAAUCCCAGCAAUUAUGUCUAUUGAUCAUGUGAUUCUUUCUAUAAAAUAUUGGAUUAUUUUACUGAAAUUUAGCUUAUUUAUUCAAUACCAUUAGUCAGUCUAGAAUGCAAAUAGACAGCCUAGUGUUGUCUGGGACUUCAGCUCCCAUCAGACCAGCUGGCAUGGCUAGUGGGAAAGUCAAAGGAGAUGUAGUUCAUAACAUCUGGAGGUCAAUAGAUGGCUUAUUCAUAUUUAGAACAAAUAAUGCAUUGUUCAGUCAGGUGAUUAGCUGGCUAUUCAAAUUUAUUUUUAAUAGAUGAUAUAAAAUCACUUUUAGUUGCUUUAUACCCACCAUGGAUUUUAUCAGAUAUGUAAAAGGGAAAUCUGUUUAAACCUUUAUCCUAUCCCCAAAUCAAAAGGCCCAGGCAGCAUAUAGAAUAAUUGCACCAACAGCUUUCCUUAACUAAUGUCUUUCCAAGAAUGGAAAAGAUUAUUUUGAAAAAUCAACUACUUUAGUUCAGAGUUGGUUAUGCAUCUAAUGGAUAAGAGAUUGCUUUGCUAUCACUUUCCAAACCCUUAAAUAACCAUCCUAUGCCCUGAUCGACUUUUGCUACAUUGCAGAAAUUAAAAUUGCUUAAACUAGAAAGAUAUUUUUUCAGGUACCUCUAUGCAUAGAGAAUUACAUGGAGUAAUGUGUUGUAAUGAGACCCACUUUGAUGAAUAGUAGAAUAGUGAAAAAGGCAGUCGUUUUUUUUUCCAAACUGACUUUUUAAAUAUUUCCCUAGCAUUUCAAAAAGUGAUAUUACUACUUUUUGAUUGCUGUGAGUUAGUUUAUCAAAAACUGUCAGUACUGGCUAACUUUGCUCUCAAAGAUGUCAACAGUGAUUUUCCAAUUGAUUGAAUAGACGGCUUGCACUGAUGAGCACCUUUGAAAAUUUUAAUUUUCAUAGCUAGACUAGAUAAAUCCAUCAAAAGAUCUGUUAACAUUGUUUUAGCAGUGCUUAAAUCAUUAUACUUAGGUUUCAUUAGAUAAAUUAUAUAAAACAAAACAAAUAUCCCCUUUUAUUCAUCCUGCCCAUAGUUUACUAGUAUAUCUUAUAGGCUGUAUUGAGCAGGGAAUGAAAAAUAGUAAUGUUAGUUGCCAGUUGGGUGAGAAGUAUGUGUCCGUUUCUGUAAUCUCUUCCUAAUAUUAGUAUUCAUUUCAUAAGUGAGUCCAGGCUCCUACUUAGCUAAAGAAUUAGAAAAGUAUUUAUGUCAUUGGGAGCUUUUUCUUACGUAUCUUUGCUUCAAUAUAGCAACAGUGUAGAUGCCACUGUUAACAUGAAACUUUUGUGCUCUGAUAGAAUGUAAUUUUGAAGUCAGUCUUUUCAAUAAGAGACAUAAAAACCUUUAAAAAAAAACCUUUUUAAAAAAGUCAAACUUUACAAAAUUGCCAAACCUCACAUGGGUUCAGCAUUGUUAUCUCUACACAUUCUUCUCUGUGAAGAUGUUACCAUUUUUUUUUAAUGUUGGGGUUUUGUAGGCACCAAUUCAGGGUACCUUGCUGCCAAUCCUUGGUAUAAUUCAAGGGGAAAAAGGAAUAAGAAGUGUGACCGUCUUCCUAAUUUGUUACUAUAGGAAAUGUAAGGACUACAGUAUACAUGCAGACAACUGCCCCAUGAUGGCUGGGGAUGGUCAGAGUUGUAUUCCCUUAUGUCUGGAGGACACAGCCUUGAGGAAAACUAGAUCAGGCUUUAAUUCACAAACAAGACAUUGGUUGGCUUUGAUAGGUGUACUGUUCACUUUGUCCAAAGAAAAAGUUAACAAUUUUAAAGCUCUCACUUCCUAGACAACAAUAAACCCUGUUCUGAAUUCAAAGGAACACAUCACUGCCAAGCUCCUUAAACUCACACCCGCAGGAAGGUAAACAAUCUUAGAUUUCUUUUUUAAAAGAAGUUUUAUUAAAUUUUUCUUUUGCAUACAUAUUUUAUGAACAGAGUAUUGACCUGGUCUUGUACAUCUUGUAACAUAGUUAUAUAUUGAUUUUUAUAGUCUAUUCCAAUCUUCCUUUUUGUUUUUUCCUAAUACAAUUUACAUAUUUCAGUUUCAGCCAUAAUAUUCUUUUUCCCUACUUCUAAUCUCUUCUUAAUACAUAAUAUAUAAACAAUAUCACCAUCUGACCUUCAAUUCCUAGUUUCUUAGCAUAACAUCAAUUAUCUUAUUUCUGCACUUAUAAAAUAUAUUUCUAAGAAUUCCCAUCAUACUUUUUGUCUAUAAACAAUGUGCUUCAUUAUAUUCAAUUCUUACAUUGAAACCCUUUAACUUAAUUAACCUUCCACAUUUUAUCUUAAUCUCUUCUUAGUACAUAAUAAGCAAUAUCACUAUCCACCUUUAAUUCCUGAUUUCUUACUGUAGCAUCAAUUCAUUAUUUUAUUUCAUCAUUUACAACAUGUUUUUUCAAAAUCUCCAUUGCACUUGUUACCAUUUCAAUUUAGUCUCUUGAUUUCAAUUAUUUUCAUAAUUGAACCAAAUUGCCACUUCAUAUUUCAUCUGCUGUUCUGUUUUACAAUAAACAAUUUACAUCAUCAUAUUAGCUUCUUACAUUCACAAUUAAUAAUAUUAAUACAGUUCCCUUAGAUCUACUAAUAUAUACCUUAUUUCCCUUCCUCCUUUUCCACUAUUCUUCCCCUUUUAACCAUUUUCUCUUGGUCUCUACAAAAUUCCAUUUCUUAAUAAUUUGUUCCUUUCAUCCCAUUCUCUUAACUUUUUCUUUUCCUUUAUUUUAUCUUUUCUCCUGAAUCCUUUUUCUAACUUUUGGGUCUAUUACUUGCAUAAUUCUCCCCAAGCUUUUUUCUAAUUUUUUUCCAUUUCCUUCUCUUCCCUUUGAUUGAUUCUUUUUUGGGGGGAUAUUUCCCCCUGUCUUCUCUUUUUUUGCCACUGUAAAUCCCAGUGUAAACAUCUAACUUUUUACAUUCAAUUCCUUUUCCUUCAGUAUUAUUUUCUUGCUUCUCAUUUAUAGUCUCUUUUUCCUGUUUUGUGUGUUCUAGCCAAAUUUCUGACUUUUUGUUGCCCUUUACUGAUUCACGCAUGUUUUUAAACAUCUCAAUUAAUUCCUCACACAUCCAAGACUCCAUAUUGUCAAUUUAAAAAAUUGUUAAUAUUUAUCUUAUAUUUAAUUAAGAUUUUAAAGUCCAUAUAGUCUCUUUUUUAUUUCCAGAUAAUAUCCAGUUUAAAUGUUUGUCCAAUCCACUCCAAUUUAAAGCUUUGUUAUUUUCCACUUCUGUUGAAAGUUGAGACCAAGCAAUUUUAAAAAAAACAAAAGAAAUACUCCUUAAAAGUUCUCACAGUUUCUUUUAGUAGUCAAGGUCACUGCUAUUAUUUUCUUCAAUUUUCAUUCCAGUCUUGUAAUGCUUUAUUUCCACUAGCAGAUGUCUCUCUCCAAUCCACAAUGUUCUCAGAACAACAAAGUAUCAAGCUUACAAAAGUAUUUUAAAUCCACAUAGAAAAUACUUUCCCUCGGAUUUCUUUUCCUUUUAUUAUUUUUAGUUUCUCCAAGAUCAGUUUUAAGUCGUUAUAAAAUUUCUUGGGCUUUAAUAUUUUAAUUUCCUCUUUGUUCUUCUUCCUCCAUUAAAAUUCCCAAUUAGCCACUCAUUUCCUCUCCGGGACACCUUUAAAGUUUUUUUUUAAUUUCCUUUUUUUACCUGUGAGUUGGCCAGCACUCCUUUCAAACACCGUUCCUGUACAAAAAUCUUAUUCUGGUUGCCCCAGCUUCAGAGUGGUCAUUUUUAAAUGGCCGCCACCCCCGCCGCUAGUUCGAAGAGCUGCCUCUGACCUUUCUAGGAACUUGCCUGUUCCUCUUGGUCGUCAGAGGCAGCUCUCCUUCUUCACCGUCCCUACAGGACGGUUCUGGUCCGAAGACUCCCUUGACAGCAGUUUGUCCGGCUGGAUUUUUGCGGAGCUUGUUGGAGCCCGCUAUUUUCCAGCCAGCUUUGCCGCGAUGCUUCCGGUUUCUCCCCCAACAAUCUUAGAUUUCUUGUUUUAGCACUUUUUCCUCUUCAUUUUAAGAUAAUUUGGUGUUACUAGGAGCCAUUUCUUUUCCUCUUCAAGCAAACAAAAGCUGAAGUUUUCAUGCCUUACAUGAACUUAAAAUUUGGCUGCCUGUGAAAGUAAAUUCCAGUGGUGCUUCCUUCUGCCCAAGGUCUCAUAACUCUUUCAAUCUGGGAAUAAGAGAUAAAUUGCAUAAUUAUUCCCUCUUCCACACUUAUUUCAAGUAGCUUCAUGCAAGACAUCAUCUUGCUGGAUUGUGUUCCCAAGAGUUGAAUGUGUCUGGUGCCAUCCAACCAUACUUAACUGCACUCUGUGUCGGCCACUGAUAUUCUCUCAUCCUUUUAUCUUAUAGCGGUGUUGCUUCUGUGUAAGGGAUCCAACUAAGUAAAUGUGCUUAAGCGCCUCAUUUAUGUCCAGUAUCACAAAAUUUCUGAGCAAUAGACCCAAAAGUUCUUUUUCAAAAGGUAACUGGACUUUGUUUUGGGAAAAACAAAGUACAGUUGACUUUUGAAAAAGAACUUUUGGGACAACCAUGACCUGGAUAACUGAGAAUCUCCAUAAAUACUGAGCAAUAGGAAUUCAGAAUAUCCAAAUAGUUUGUUUUUCUCAAGGAUCUGAAAUAAUGUUUCAGGAAAAACAUUAUUUUAAUGUUAAAUAUUUGCUACUUACUGACAUUGGGGCAGGCUUAGUAAAAAUAUGGGUCCUGCUAUUAACUGCACCAUAUGUAGCAAGGCAUGAAUAUAGAAUCAGUAUUAAUGGGAGGGGAGAAGAGAGAGAAGUUAAUAUAAACUUUCAAACUGAAACACUUUUUAAAUGGCUUCUCUCAGCUCUGCCUUCAUCCCAUCUCAGAUCUAAGUAAAGCAUCAACUAGGAUGUGGGAAAGUGUUGGAUUAAAGAAGUGUUGAAUUUUGUGCAAUAUUUUUCCUUAUAUUUGUGUGUGUGCAUGUAUGUUUUGACAAUUAGAAGCACCUGUUGCUUUCUCAGUAGGUCUUUGAGAUUGCUUUUCACCCUAGUAUAUUUCUAGUUUUUGUUUCAAAAUUGUGUUAAAUUGUGUGUAGCAUCUCAUUACAGUUGUAUAGUUAAAAGACGUACAGUACAUUGUCAGUGGGCAAAUAGCUUUUAGUCAAUUGAAAUUGAAUAGGGACAUCCUGUUAUUGUGUUAUAAUACAAAUCUAAAAUUUUGCCAGUUAUUUAGUAGACCUCAGACACUUAUAGCUAGUAAUACCUGUAUUGCCCACAUUACAUUAUAAAUACACAACAGAGUGAGAUUUCUGUUAAUUUACUUGUAAUUGCUGAUCCUGUCUGUCCCACUGUUUCUUCACCAUGCAAAUAAAUAGCUGCUUCUUACAAUUGAUACCAGAUGGCAAUGAAUGGUCAAUAUGUAUAAUUUUUAUGAUCCAUGGUAUGACAUCUCUGGUUGUGAUAAAUGAUUGCUUGUUUCAAUACAUGUUGCCCUUACAUUUGGAUUGUUUAUUUGGUUAACUUUUGUAUAUUUCUUGUACAUUUUCUUCCCAUGGCUAAACGUUGAUCAAGAACUACUUUGAAUUGAUUUACUUGAGUUAAUUGAAGCACUGUGUAAUCUAGUCCUGAUUGCAAGUAGCAGAUAAGCACUGUGAUGAAUUUAGUGUUACAUACCACAUUCUCUGUAUUGCAAUAGUUGUGGUUCAAGAGCGUACUUUAUUUACGUUACACUGUGUACAUAAUUUCAUUAAUGCAACACAAUUAUAUAUUUAUGACCAUUUGUCUUGAAGAAGAGAAUACAGAAAAAAUUCAUCUGAACAGAGCAAAUCGUUCAGUGCCUGGUUUAUUAUUUAAAAAACAAAAUUUCAGAGUUGCAGAAAUCCUUUUUAAAAUUAUGUUAUGAAUGUUGCAAACUAAGCAACAAAAUCCAGGGUGAUUUGCCCCAGAAUGUGUUUCUACUUCUCUUCUACCAAUAUAGAACUAUUUGAAAAGGGACUAGAAUUGUAUUAUUCAUGAAACCAGUAUUGGUUGCACCAGUUAUAUAUAGAGAAAUAAAAAUGUUGCAAAAAGAAAAUGAAGAAUAGUGUAGCCAAUCACAAAAAGGGACAGAUUUAUUUUUUUUUACUGCUAAACAAGUUUCGAAAAAAAGGAGAAAUUCAACAUAUCCAAUAUCUUCCAAAAAGUUCCCUUUGAUGCAGAUAUAAGGCAAACAUCAGCCUCUAGCAAUUUCUUUGCAUCAAUGCCUUUGGGUCCACAAACUUCCUAGUGUAAUUGCAGGGAGCAUUCUGGGAGGCCGAUGACAUUCUUGUAAAUGAGAGUUUUGUCAUGUGCCAUACCCACUACUUUAUGAAUAGGAACCUUUUUUUAAUUCUUCUCUUCACUUGCUGUCCAAAAAUGUCUCUUGCCAAUGAUGUUGUCUGCAGGAUGGAUAGGAACCAGGCCUCCUGGCUCUUAAAAAGAAGAAGAUGAAGAAAGACACAUUGUUUGAACUUAGCAGACAGGUUGUGCAUGCAAGAAGUUAAAUCUCAAUCCAAGAAAGGUUGAAAAAAGAUUCCUGCCUCAAAUCCAGAAGAGCUAUUUCCCAUCAGUAUAAACAAAAAUGAAACUAUAAUAGAUCAACAAUCUGAUCGGCUAAAAAGCAGCUUUGAAAUGGGCAUAUAUAGGUAAAAUUACUAGAUAAAAAUCAGCUGCAUUAUAAAUUGGUGUUAGGAAUGGAUCCUGGCUCUGAAAAAGUAUAAUAUGCUGCUCUUGGAGGAUGAAAACUGGAACUUUUUUUUUAUUAUUAGUAGCACCUCUGUAUGCACUUUAAGUUGACCCUUUGGGAUAAUGUUAAUACAAAGUAUUUGAUGGACUUCACAUUGCCAUAAAGUGCCCCACUUGUGUAAUAUAAAACAAAUAAAAAAACAGCAAAUGUCAACAA